CUCGAUAUCUCUCCAUUCCCAAUUCCAACUAUCCUAACCUGCAAAAUGUCGCCCUACAAAGUGCUGAUGCUGGGUGCGGGGUUCGUCACCCGACCCACGCUCGAUAUCCUCUCCGAGUCCGGUGUCGCCGUUACCGUGGCCUGCCGCACCCUGGAGUCCGCCAAAGCCCUGUCGGCCGGCGUCAAGAACGCCACUCCCAUCUCGCUCGAUGUGACCAACGACCAGGCUCUGGAUGCUGAGCUCGCCAAGCACGACCUCGUCAUCAGCUUGAUCCCCUACACCUUCCACGCCGUCGUCAUCAAGUCCGCUAUCCGCACCAAGAAGCAUGUUGUUACCACCUCCUAUGUCUCUCCUGCUAUGCUGGAGCUGGAUGAGGAGUGCAAGAAGGCUGGUAUCACUGUUAUGAACGAGAUUGGUCUGGAUCCCGGCAUUGAUCACCUCUACGCCGUCAAGACCAUUGAGGAGGUCCACGCCGAAGGCGGAAAGAUCACCUCGUUCCUGUCGUACUGUGGUGGUCUGCCCGCCCCCGAGAGCUCCGGUAACCCUCUCGGCUACAAGUUCUCUUGGUCUCCCCGCGGUGUCCUGCUCGCCUUGAGAAACGCCGCUAGCUUCUACAAGGAUGGCAAGGUUGUCAACGUCGCUGGUCCGGAUCUGAUGGCUACUGCCAAGCCCUACCACAUCUACCCCGGCUUCGCCACUGUUGCGUACCCCAACCGCGACUCCACCCCCUACAAGGAGCGCUACAACAUCCCUGAGGCGCAGACCAUCAUCAGAGGUACUCUGAGAUACGCCGGCUUCCCUGAGUUCAUCAAGGUCCUUGUCGACAUGGGCUUCCUCCAAGACACCGAGCAGGACUACUGGAAGACCCCCAUCGCCUGGAAGGAGGCCACCCAGAAGCUCCUCGGUGCCUCGUCCUCGGAUGAAGGCGAAUUGCUCCGCGCUAUUGCCUCCAAGACCUCUUUCAAGGACAACGAGCAGAGAGACCACAUUCUGUCCGGCCUCCGGUGGAUUGGCAUCUUCUCCGACGAGAAGACCAUCCCCCGCGGCAACCCCCUGGACACCCUCUGCGCCACCCUCGAAAAGAAGAUGCAAUUCGGCGAAGGCGAGCGCGAUAUCGUCAUCCUCCAACACAAGUUCGAAGUCGAGCUGAAGGACGGCACCAAACAGACCCGCCUGUCCACUCUCGUCGAGUACGGCAGCACCGACCCCACCGGCUACUCCGCCAUGGCCAAGCUGGUCGGUAUCCCCUGCGCCGUCGCCGUCAAGCAGGUUCUGAACGGCACCCUCGCCGAGAAGGGUGUUCUGGCGCCUAUGAACGGCAAGAUCAACGAGCCUCUCAUGAAGGAGCUUAAGGAGCAAUACGGCAUUGCGUGCAAGGAGGAGAUCGUCUAAGCGAUUAUCUCACGUGGGGGGAAAAAUAAGCAAUGAUCUUGGAAUAAAAAUUAAACAACGGUUGAUCAUAUAGAGCAAAAUAUAGACACGGUCUUGG